AUGAGGAGCACAAAGAAUAAGAGCAGAACAUCUCAGCUCAUCCUCCUGAGGCUCCCCAUCCAGCCGAAAGACCAAGGCAUGUACUUUUCACUGUUGUUAGUCAAGUACCUGAACAUGGUGCGAGAACCUGCUCAUCAUUCUGAUCAUCAGCCGGACCCUUGCCUCCACACCACCAUGAACUUCUUCCUCAACCACUUGUCCUUCAUGGACAUCUCUUUCUCAUUGGUCACAGCUCUGAAGAUCCUCAGUAAUAUGCUGACAUACAGUCAGUCUAUCUCAUCUACUUGGUGAUUUUCCCAGGUGUAUUUUUUCAUUUUUGCAAGCAUUGACAGUUUCCUUCUGACAUCAAUGGCCUUUGACAGGUAUGUGAACAUCAACCGCCCCCUCCACUAUAUCAGAAUCAUAAAUCAGAGUGUCUGUAUCUUACUGGGCAUUACAUCUUGGUUCUUAUCCUUUGCUUGUGCCCUCAUGGGUACUGAAUUGCUAACAAGGAACACAAGAAAUCAGAGCAGUGCAUCUGAGUUCAUCCUCCUGGGACUCCCCAUAAAGCCAGAGGACCAAGACUUGUAUUCUGCACUGUUCCUGGCCAUGUACCUGACCACAGUGCUGGGGAACCUGCUCAUCAUCCUGCUCAUCAGGCUGGACUCUCACCUUCACACCCCCAUGUACUUCUUCCUCAGCCACUUGGCCUUCACAGACAUCUCUUUCUCGUCAGUCACAGCUCCAAAGAUGCUCAUGAAUAUGCUGACACACAGUCAGUCCAUCUCAUAUGCUGAGUGCAUUUCCCAGAUGUACUUUUUCCUAAUGUUUGCAGAUAUUGAAAACUUCCUUCUGACCUCCAUGGCCUAUGACAGAUAUGUGGCCAUCUGCCACCCCCUCCACUAUACAAGUAUCAUGAGUCAGAGUGUCUGUUUCUUACUGGUGAUUAUAUCUUGGUUGUUAUCCUUUGCUGGUGCCCUUGUUCACACCAUCCUUCUAGCUCGUCUCUCUUUCUUUAGAGGUAACACUCUCCACCACUUCUUCUGUGAUCUCUCUGCUUUGAUUAAACUCUCUAGCUCAGACACCUCUAUCAAUGAGCUGGUCAUCCUCAUUGUGGGAUCACUGGUCAUUACUGUGCCAUUCAUAUGCAUCCUGGUCUCUUAUGGCCGCAUUGGAGCCACCAUCCUGAGAACUCCCUCAAUCAAGGGAAUCUACAAAGCCUUGUCCACGUGUGGCUCUCAUCUCUCUGUGGUUUCUCUCUAUUAUGGAGCCAUUAUUGGGUUAUAUUUUGUCCCCUCAUCUAACAACACUAAUGACAAGGAUGUCAUUGUAGCUGUGCUGUACACUAUGGUCACACCCAUGCUGAAUCCUUUUAUCUACAGUCUUAGAAAUCGAGAUAUGAAAGGAGUUUUGAGGAAUAUGCUUGCAAGGGCAACAUUUUCCAUGUGA